AUUUUCAAGAUGGCGGCCCCCAAGUCUGGAUAAUUUUUUCUCCCGUGGCAAAAGAAUAUGCUUAUUUUCCUCGUGAUUUUGUCCCAAAUAAAUUCAGCAAUUUCUAGGUAGAUAUACAAUUGACACUUGUAAGGAGAUGGGUACAGUUUAUGCAAAGGAGCCUGUAAUAAAUGAAGACGCCAUGAGCAACACAACGGAUUCAGAAGACCCUACUGAGGGUCCAGGGACCUCGCCCGAGUCUCGUAUCCAACACAUCUUUCAUGGUGACAUCAAGGUCAAAGUUGAGCGGGUACACAUUGAAGGUCUUGGCCGAACUAAGGAAGACGUCAUCCUGAAGCAUGUCAGUCAGCUCUUCAAAGCAGAAACAUUCAAAGAUGUGAUCUUUACCUCCGGAGUGGUCAAACAAGAGCUGGAGGAACUGGACAUGUUCCAAGGAGUCGGAGUCUUGAUCGACACUAGUAAAGGACCAAAAGCGAGACAAGACGGUCUUGAUGUGACAGUGAUUGUCAAGGAGUCCAGACGUAUCACAGGCAAUGCUCACACAUCUGUGGGAAACAACGAAGGGAGUUUAGUUUUGGGAGCCAAAUGUCCCAAUUUAUUGGGCAGAGGUGAGCAUCUGACUGCAGAAUAUUCCCGCGGCACCAGGCACUCUGUGGGAUACAAUGCAACAUUCACAACACCUCUGCAGGGAGAUAUUGGUAAAAGGUUUACAGCGACUGUUUUCAGGACGUCGGGUGACUUCCUAUCCAGCUCAUACAAAGAGAUUGAUCAUGGAACAUUGCUUGAAGUGAUGCUUCCAAGUUUCUUGGGACAGCACAGUUUCAAGUGGGAGGGAAACUGGAGAGACAUCUCAUGUCUGUCACGUACCGCCUCGUUUGCUGUCCGGGAGAUGGCUGGCCAUUCACUCAAGUCAUCAAUCAAGCAUGUCUUCACCAGAGACACACGGAAUGAACGCAUCUAUCCAACCAAAGGCUACCUGCUCCAAAUCUCCCAGGAGCUGGCCGGGAAUCGUCUGGGAGGAGACGUCCAAUUCUUGAAGGGAGAAGCUGAGAUCCAACUCAACAGGAAACUUCUCAAAGAUUGUGUUGUCUCCUGUUCGCUUCAAGCCGGCUUGAUGAAACCAUUGAACUACACAGAGACACUAAUCAAUGACAGGUUCUUCAUUGGAGGACCGACGUCUGUCAGGGGUUUCAACUUUAGAGGACUCGGACCUCAUGCUGACGGUGAUGCCGUCGGUGGUGAGGCGUAUUGGGCAGCAGGUCUGCACCUAUUCACCCCUCUACCCUUCAUGCCAGGGAGGGGUGGUCUAGGCGACCUCAUUCGCACCCACGUGUUUGUAAACGCCGGUAAUCUAUGCAAUCUUAAUUUGGCAGAGGAGCAAACUGUCCACCAGCAUCUGGAGCGAUUGAGGGAUAACUUUCGCUGGAGUUAUGGGGCAGGGAUUAUCUUGAGACUUGGUCGGAUAGCGAGGUUUGAGCUCAACUAUGUCAUCCCUAAGACAGCACUUCAUUCAGACAGUAUCAAUGCUGGUUUACAGUUUGGAGUUGGUGUGAGCUUUUUGUAGCAAGUGAUAAGCCGAUGGAUUUGUACCUUGGAUAAUGAAUAUGUAGGAUGUACCAUGGAUGAUAAAUGAGUAGGAAUGUAGCAACUUUAAGCCAAUCGCAGCUUAUAAAACCAGUCACAUGAUCAAAGGUUAUGAAUAUUUACAAGCCAAACAAACCCACCUGACCCCUUUUUAACCAAUGGUAUAUGUUUAUAUGUAAAUGUAUCAGGGUAACAAAAGCAAAAAUAGCCGCAGAGUUCAUGAACCUCUAGCUCAACAACUGGACAAUUUGUCAUAUGGUUGUUUUUGUAGUCUUAUUGAAAAAUAAUGGCAUGAAAAACUUAACGAUAACAUGUAAAAUAAAGGAAAUUCUGUCACGAGCCAAUGUGGCCCAUCAGGCUGG